AUGUCAACUAACGAAAAAUCAAAUUUAACAAAUGCUGACGAAACGUCAAUGGUUGUUACUAGAUUCCAAACUCAAGCACCUCUACAAUCUACAACCAAUGGUAUAACUCCAUUACAACCACAAGAAGUACAAACAGCUUAUGUACAAUGGCUACCUCCAGCUCCUAUUGGAAUGCAUUACGUUUUAUUACCAAAUGAUCAAAAUGUAAGUAGUAUAAAUCCUAAUACUACUCUUGGUGCCAAUGUAUGUUAUCUUUGUAAUGCAAUUGCUAAUCAUCGUUGCACUAGCAAACGAUGUGCAAGAUUAAUUUUGUUUAAACAGGAAACGGCGCCGAAUCGUCAACGUCAUACUGGAAACGUGUCUAUUGAAAAUAAACAGGGUUCGACAAAACGUGCUCAAAGUAAAUAUCGUCGGCGCGAAAUAUUGAUUACUAAACCAUCAUGCCGCUUUGAGUGUGAACUAUGACCACAUUUGUUGCGAUUAUGACACCGUUUAUGCAUUUUAGUGCAGAAAAACACAGACCUCUUCGGUUUAUGUAGUUCAAAAUACACCGAAAAAUAUGUUAAUUUAACUUCUUUCGGUUGACCGCAGGUCGCUAAGUGCUUCCGUUCUUCAGUCAUUAAAAAAACAAUCAUGGGUUAUUCUUUUUUUGAAUGGACAAUAGUACACAUGCAUGUUUCUUCUAUUACAUGUUUAUAAUAAUAAGUUUUUUUGUCGAUAGUGGUAUCUAUCACUUUUAAUAUUACCUACUGAAACAUGUUACAUCAACUUGAAUCGUUGUCCGAUGAAAUUUUGAUACUGGUGUUUUCAUUCUUGCCAACAAUCGAUCUAUAUCGAUCAUUCUACAAUAUAAAUACCCGAUUGGAUCGUAUAGUCCAUGAUCCAACUCAAAUGAAAUUAAUGAUUAAUCUUGAAGUGUUGUCCUAUAAUGAUCUUGAAUUCUAUUAUAAUAUGGUACUGUACAUCAUCUUCAAUGAUAUCAUUGUCGCGUUCAUCUGAAAUUGCAUCCGCUCUAUUAAAUGUCUCCUCAUAUUUGAUCGUGUGUUCAAUAAAACUUGAUGCCAUUUCCAUAUCACAUGCUGUCAGCCAAGCUUUGGCCCACACAGAAACAUCUUUCAAACUAAAAGUCACGUUGUUAUUGCGAAUAAAAGUUUUCAUUUCCGCCCAAGCAAGUUCGAUUGGAUUGAGCACACAGUGUCUUACUGGCAGACGUAAAAUAUCAAC